AAGUACUACUCAUGGAGAUUAUUUCUGCCUCCCUCCGCUAUUUUACGUUGUUGUUGGUGCACUGUUUUCUGGCUGCGGCAGCACUGAGAAGCAACAUCGGCACAGACCAAUCAGCUCUUCUAGCCCUCAAAGCCCAUAUCACCGAUGACCCGGAAAAUAUCCUGGCACGCAACUGGUCCGCCACCAUCUCCGUCUGCAACUGGGUUGGGAUCAGGUGCGAUGCAACGCAGCAUAGAGUGACACGCUUGAAUCUUUCUCACAUGGGUCUGGCAGGAACCAUUCCUCCACACUUGGGAAACCUAUCAUUCCUGUCUCAUCUAUCCUUGAGAGACAACCAUUUUCAUGGCUCUCUACCCAGCGAGUUAGCUUCUUUACGUGGGCUGGAAGUCGUCAGCUUUGGAGAGAACAACUUGGACGGAGAGAUACCGUCAUGGUUUGGGUUGUUGCCCAAACUUGAAGAGCUGUAUCUUUGUUGCAACAGUUUCACGGGAACCAUCCCGACGUCUCUAUGCAACACUUCCUCAGUGCUGCGAAUAAUCAAUCUCGGUCAAAACAUGCUUUCAGGAUCGCUACCAACAAGUUUGGGAAACUGCACUUCACUGAAGGAAAUUUAUUUGUUUCAAAACAACUUGACAGGUGAAGUGCUGCCUGAGGUUGGAAAUCUUCCAAAUUUGGUGGAAUUGAAUAUCAACACCAACAGCUUAACUGGUGUCAUCCCAUAUUCAGUCUUCAAUCACUCGACCAUUAGAUCCAUUGUUCUAUAUUGGAACCAGCUCUCAGGCCAUCUUCCAUCAAGCAUAGGCAAUUGGCUUCCAAGUCUUGAGGAGCUUUACCUAUGGGACAAUAAGCUGAAUGGAAUAAUCCCCAGCUCUAUCUCAAAUGCUUCUAAGCUCAUUAUACUGGAGUUGGAGCAAAACUAUUUCUCUGGCUCUAUUCCUCAUACCCUCGGCAAUCUAAGGCAUCUUGAGGUUCUCAAUGCAGCCCGCAAUUCUUUGACCAGAGAAUCUGCCACUCUAGAAUUGAGUUUUCUUUCUUCUUUAACAAAUUGUAGAGAGUUGAAGUCGCUGUGGCUUGAAAAUAAUCCACUGAAUGGUACCCUUCCAAUUUCCAUAGGAAAUUUCUCUGAAUCCCUUGAAGAAUUUUCAGCAUCUGAGUGCUACAUUAAGGGCACCAUCCCAAAACAGAUUGGCAAUUUAAGCAACUUGCUAGAACUGCAUCUGCAUGGCAAUGAAUUGGCUGGACCUAUUCCGACUACUGUCGGAGGAAUGAGGGAGCUCCAAGGUUUGUAUCUUCAGGGCAAUAGACUGCGAGGAUCCAUCACAAAUUCUAUCUGCCAUCUGAGGAAAUUGGCUGAAUUGUUUCUAAGUGGCAAUGAGCUCAGUGGAUCAAUGCCAACAUGCUGGGAAAGUCUUACUUCACUUCGAAAACUGUACUUAGAUGCCAACCAUUUAACUUCCCCUUUACCCUCAUCCUUUUGGACUCUUAAAUAUAUAUUGCAAGUAAACUUGUCUUUGAAUUCUCUAAGCGGCCUUCUACCAUCAGAAAUUGGAAAUUUGAAGGUUGUAACACAUUUAGACUUGUCAUGGAACCAACUAUCAGGCGAAAUCCCUGCUACCAUUGGAGGCCUGCAAAAUUUGGAAAACCUCUCCUUAUCACAUAACAAAUUUCAGGGUCCUAUUCCACAGUCGUUUGGUCAGUCAAUAAGCAUGCAAGUCUUGGAUCUAUCUCAUAACAACUUGUCAGGGGCGAUUCCCAAGUCCCUAGAAGCACUCAGGUACCUCAAAUACUUGAACGUGUCUUUCAACAGAUUACAAGGUGAAAUCCCAUCUGCAGGAGCUUUUCCUAUGUUCUCAGCUCAAUCAUUCAUGGGGAAUGAAGGAUUAUGUGGUCUGCCCCGCCUGCAAGUUCCACCGUGCCAAGUUGUUGGGCGAUCAAAGACACACACUACAGCUAGACUGGUAUAUAUUCUACCAGCUGUGGCAGCAACAAUACUUGUCUCAGUUCUCAUACUUUAUCUGAUAAUAACCCUAAAGAGGAAUGCAAAAUUAGCAAGUCAAGGAGCUUCAACUGUAGCAACAUGGAGAAGAAUUUCAUACCUAGAGCUUGAACGAGCAACAGAUGGAUUUAGCGAAAGUAACUUUGUUGGGAAAGGGAGUUUUGGCUCCGUGUACAGAGGAACACUUUCAGAAGGGAUGAGUGUUGCAGUAAAGGUCUUUAAUUUAAAUAUUGAAGGAUCAUAUAAGAGUUUUGAAGCUGAAUGUGAUGUAUUGUGCAGAAUUCGUCACCGGAAUCUUGUCAAAAUCAUCAGUUGCUGCAGUAGCAUUGAUUUUAAAGCCAUAGUGCUAGAGUAUAUGCCAAACGGGAGCCUCAACAAGUGGUUGUAUUCUCAUAACUACUCUUUGGAUAUCCUACAGAGAAUGAACAUGAUGAUAGAUGUUGCAUCCUCAUUGGAGUAUCUCCAUCAUGGUUAUUCUGUUCCUGUUGUUCAUUGUGAUUUGAAGCCCAGCAAUAUUCUCGUAGAUGAUGAUAUGAUUGCACAUGUCGGUGACUUUGGGAUUUCCAAGUUCUUGGGUGAUGGAGAUUCUAUGACACAGACCAUGGCACUUGCCACUAUUGGUUAUAUCGCGCCAGAAUAUGGAUCACAAGGUAUUAUUUCCACAAGCGGCGAUGUGUACAGUUACGGCAUUUUGCUGAUGGAAACUUUCACAAGAAAGAAGCCGACAGAUGAAAUGUUUAGCGGAGAAAUGAGCCUGAAACGUUGGGUGAAAGAGUCGCUGCCACAUGAAGUAAUUAAAGUUGUAGAUGCUAACUUGCUACGGAAAAACGAUGAGCAUUUUGGUGCUAAGCAGCAGGAUUGUAUGUUGUCCAUUAUGCGACUCGCCUUGGAUUGUUCAGCAGAGGCACCUGAAGAGAGGAUAAAAAUGAGAGAUGUUGUAACAAUACUCAAAAACAUCAAAAUGAAGCUUCUUAAGGAUGUUUGAGUGCUUUAGUAAUUAAUUGUGAAGUAAUGCCGAAGAAGGUAUGAAAAAUUAUUGACUC